UACAUCAAGACAUUGAUCCCUCUCAUUUCCUCUCAUUCAACCUAAUGGCCUUUCGAUUCAAGAACCAAAAUCCCAAACCAUCCUCUAUAUACUCUAGUCCAUUCAACCAAAUUGAAACCCCUCCAUUAUUAUCAUUGCUCCAACGUACCACCAAUCAUCACAAUUGUACAACAACAACAACAAAUACAAAUACUAAUACUAAUACUACUAACACAAAUACAAACACCAAAAAAUCAAGAAAAUCUUCUAGUAGUGGUACCAGUGGUGGCAUUCUUAAAAUGUUUAAACUCCUCCCUAUGUUAACAACAGGUUGCAAAAUGGUUGCAUUAUUAGGUGGACGUCCAAGAAAUAAACCAAUGUUAACAGAUAAAGCUACAACAAUAACAUUAUUUGGUUACAAAAAAGGUAGAGUUAGCCUAGCAGUUCAAGAAGAUCCUCAUAGACCUCCAAUCUUUGUGAUCGAGCUACCGAUGCUCACCGGGGUUUUUCAUAAGGAAAUGGCAUCAGAUAUAGUGAGACUAGCACUAGAAAGUGAAACUAAGACACAUAAAAAGAAAGUGCUAGAGGAGUUUGUGUGGGCUGUUUAUUGUAAUGGGAGGAAAGUUGGGUAUUCAAUAAGGAGGACUAGUAAAAAUAUGAGUGAUGAUGAAGCACAUGUUAUGCAAUUAUUGAGAGGUGUUUCAAUGGGUGCUGGAGUUCUUCCUUGUCCAAUAAUACAUCAUGAUGAGAAGGAGAGUAGUGGUGGUGGUGGUAUUGAUGGAGAAAUUACUUAUAUGAGGGCAAGAUUUGAUAAGGUUGUUGGAUCAAAAGAUUCAGAAGCAUUUUAUAUGAUUAACCCUGAUGGUGCAUCCGGUCAAGAAUUGAGUAUUUUCUUUGUAAGACUUCAUUGAAUCUUUGAUCAGACGUCUCGAGUUUGAGGUCAGAAAAUGAAAAACUGGCUCGACAGGAAAUAGUUUUACAUCUAGUGUGUCAGGAUUUCUUAUAUCGGUUCUUGAGGAGUGAUUUGAUUUUUUCAUUUGGUCUUGGGUAAUCGGUGAUCCUCACCUCAUUAGUUAGAUUUUAGAGUUGACUUAGACGCAAUGUCUAUUUCUUCAUAUGGUAUCAGAGCCAGACCUUAUUUUGAUUCUUGAUUUAUCUCAUGUUGGACUGUGCACCAUUUUAACUAUGUCGUCUACGCUCCAAUUAGUAAGGUGUGCGAAGAUGUUAGAAUUUCUCACAUCUGUUCUCUAUGGGUAAUUUCAUUAAUCUUCAUC